AUGAUGGAGGAGCAACAGCUGGAGCUCCUCACCUUCCAUGAAAUGUGGGAAGAUAAAAUGAAGGACUACGAUGAGAAAGCGGAUGACCUGCUAUACCAACUUAACCGUCAACACAUGAUGGACAUGCAAUCGCAGGAGGAUAUCAUUCGACUGGGGCUCAUGGAAAAGCGACUGCGACCUUCCAAGACGCUGGUGGACCUUCGUGACGAGUUAAAGAACUUUGUCCAGCAGAGGAUGUACGCUGAUGCUGAGCAUGUACAGAAGAAGAUCGUUCAGCGUGAGGCAGAGGAGCUGCAUGAGUUUGAGGUGGAGCAGGAAAGGAAACUACAGGAGCGUUUGCUGGCGGUGGCGGAGCGGCUGAGGGUGGAGCGGGGAGCGGUAGAGCAACGACUUGCCAUGAACCGCGAGGAAUUGCUGGCCGAACGCCGACAGGACUUUGACGCACUAGUGAAGAGACACAGCGCUGCCCUACGUGGGCAGGAGCAGGCCACUGCUCUCAUCAUUUCUAGGGCGCAAGACUGCAUUCAUCGGCAGGUAAAGGCGUACAUCAAGGACCCUGUAAAGACAGGGCUGGAGCUUGUGCAUUUGUCGGAAACGGUGCUGGGUAGGCGCAGUCGUGGCGACCACAGUGCCGUGGAAUGGGGUGCGAGCGGGCGACAGGGGACGUCGUGGCGGUCGUCCGCGCACCGACAAAUCACUGAACGAGUGCCAUCGCCAGGGCAAACACCUUUGAGAGCGGUGGUAGCGGCUCGUCCCCCGUGGCAGGAUUGA